CUACAUGGACAGUUCCUCCAGCUCAGCUGCUGGCACAAACCCAAAACCGACCCUAACGUGCUUGAAUUGUUAGAUAGCAAAAUUGUUUCAAACCUUGGCCAACUAACAAAAUAGGUUACUUUUUUUGGUUAUAUCUGAAAAAAUGCCACUAACUACUCGCUGAAGAAUUAUUCAGAUAACCAACCCAGUUUGUCUGAGGCAAACUCGGUGAGUCAAUUAUGUUUAGCUUUCACUCUUUCAGACAGCUACUAUUGCUCAAACAUAAGAUGACCCAACUGGGUUUUCUUCAGCAAAAUGCUUUCUUUAUUGUGAAAUCGUAUGCAUCAACAGGUUUUUCUGAAUCAAAACACCAACAAUGGCAACAAGAAAAGCAUUCUUUUACAUUGUCUUACCUCAUAAACUCUUGUGGGUUGUCCUCAAAAUCUGCUAUUUUAGCAUCACAGAAGGUACAAUUGGGAAACCCAGAUCGACCAGACUCAGUGCUUAGUCUUCUCAAAGAGCAUGGGUUUACCAAUAUCCAAAUCGCCAAACUUGUCAGAACGCACCCAACGUUGCUUUUAUCUGAUCCUGGGAAGACCCUUUUGCCCAAAAUUGAAUUUUUCCUUUCUAAGGUAGGGGUUUCAAGCUCUGACCUCACUCGGAUUCUCACUUCAAGUCCUUUACUAUUGGUUAGGAGUUUAGAAAACCAUCUUAUCCCCUGCUAUAAUUUCCUCAAGAGUGUACUUGUGGUGGACGAGAAAGUUAUUACAACUUUGAAGCGGUCACAGCUUUCUUUUCUAUUUGAUGUAACUAAUAAUAUGGUUCCAAAUAUUGCACUUCUGAGAGAAUUUGGAGUACCUGAAUCAGCCAUCUCUUUCUUGGUGACCAAUUUUCCGGGUAGUGCGUUCAUUAAACAUGCUAAGUUUGUUGAGGCUGUCCAUGAGGUUAAGGAAAUGGGAUUUGAUCCUUCGAAAUUGGUAUUUGUCCUAGCAAUCCAGGUGAUUUUGAAGAUGAAGAAGCCAAUGUGGGAAUCUAAAUUGGAAGUUUAUAAGAGGUGGGGUUGGUCCAAGGAUGUAGCUCUGUUAGCAUUUAGAAGGAAUCCAAAUUUUGUGCUUUUUUCAGAAGAGAAGAUCACAAAAACAAUGGACUUCCUUGUACACAAAAUGGGUUGGCCGUCAGCAGACAUUGCUAAAAAUCCUUCAGUUCUAGGUUUAAGCUUGGAGAAGAGGAUUAUCCCUAGGUGUUCAGUUGUUCAAGUUUUGUUAGCCAAGGAUUUGAUCAAGAAUAAGUUCUCCUCAGCAACCUUUUUACUACCUAGCGAGAAGUGUUUUUUGGAAAAGUUUGUGAUUAAAUUUCAGGCCAAUGUUCCUCAAUUGUUGGAUGUGUAUCAAGGUAAGAUGGAUCUUCUGGAUGUAGGAAUUCAAUCGGAGAAGGUGCCUCUUUGAAAACUUUACUAGUUGGGAUUUGACCUGUUAACUUGUUAUAAGAAAAAUCAACAGAGGUGGAGAUUAGACUAACCAUGCUGAUAAAUGACGCGGGGAUUUCCCCUGAGAGCUGGUUAUGUGAAAUGUUAAGGCUCUCCAAAUGUGUAUGCUUCGCAAGGUUUGAAGGAAUCAUUCCUGAGAGUGAAUUGCUGCUGAGGUCUAACAAGACACUCAAUGCAAUUAAGUUACCAAGUUCGGAUGGUAUUUCACCCGAUAGGUUAUUGUUGCUCAAGUCCAAGCUCAAUAAGCUAUCACAAUUCUCAAGCUCUUUUGGUAUGUUACCAGUCAAUUUGUUCUCCGACAAAUCAAGUCCCUGAAGCUGACCCAAACUUCCUAGACGCUGAGGAAUCUCUCCUGUCAGAUGAUUCUUGCUCAGAUUGAGCUUGUACAGGCUUAGAUUUCCCAGUUCACUUGGAAUUUUCCCAGACAAUUCAUUCGAGUCUAGAAUUAAAGAGUGCAAUUGAGUCAAAUUCCCAAGCUCAGCUGGAAUUUCACCUGAAAUUCUGUUUCUUCCCAUCUCUAAAGUGGUUAGAGAUUCACAUUUUGCCCACUCUGGUGAAAUUUUGCCAAUAAAUUGAUUGUCAUUAAGAGAAAUGAAAUAAAGAUUUGGAUGAACCCCAAAUGCAUUUGUGAUGUUGCCAUUGAAGUUGUUCCCAUCAAAUCGCACCCUCUCUAGUAGCGAACAAUUUCUCAAGCACUCAGGCAAUGGACCUGUGAAGUUGUUAUUAUUCACUGUGAAUAGUUUAAGAAGGAAGCCGCUACACAAUUCAGGUGGCAAUUCUCCUGAGAAGCUGCUGUUCGAAAAGCUAACACUGCUUAGAGAAGGACUAAAUUUCCCAAAGUCACUUGGAAUAUUACCCGAGAAGUUAUUGGUGAAAAGAGAGAUGCUCUGCAAAUUAAUGAGGCGAGAGAUGGUAUUUGGCAAUUCCCCGUAUAGCUGGUUAGUGCUGAGAUCAAUAAUCUGCAGCGAAGUCAUAUUUCCAAUUGCUGGUGGGAUUGUGCCAGUGAGAUUGUUUGAGAAAAGUUGUAAGAUCUGAAGGUUUGUGAGGUUCCACAGUGCUAGAGGAAUUGGACCAGACAGGCGGUUGUUUGAUAGGUCUAGUUUUGUCAAAUCUUUCAAGUUACCUACCUCAGAGGGAAUUGAACCUGUGAACGUAUUAUUGAACAGAAAGAGAAGAUUGAGCUUGGUCAACAGGCCAAUUUCCAGUGGAAUUUUGCCAGUGAAAAGAUUGUUCUGAAGCUGCAAAGAGGUUAAUUCUGUCCAGUUGCUGAGAAAGUAAGGUGAGAUCUCACCGGAAAGGCUAUUUUCAGAUAAACCCAAGUUGGAAACUUUGGUCAAGUUGGUUAAAGAUAGAGGAACUUCCCCAGUGAGUGAAUUGGUAGCCAGGGCCAAGUCGGUGAGUUUAGUACAAAAGCCUAGCUCAGAAGGAAUUGUAGAAUUCAAGGAAUUCCAUCUAGUAUCAAGAUACGAGAGCUCUGUCAACUGACCAAUUGAAGAAGGAAUUUUCCCUUCAAAUGAAUUGUUGUACAGUUCUACAACUUGAAGAUUGGACAUUGACCCAAUUUCUUCAGGAAUUACACCACUGAACUUGUUUCGUCCUAGACGAAGAUCUAUGAGUUUGGAAAGCUUGGUAAUGUUUGGGGACACUGGUCCCUGGAACAAAUUGGCAGUUAGAUUAAGGUACUCAAGCUUGUCAAGAUUGGUAAAUACCAUUUCUGGUACUGUUCCAUUCAACUGAUUCUGGGCCAAAUUCAAGUAAGUCAAGUUUUGGCAAUAAAGUAUAAAUACUGGGAACCCAGAAGUGAGCUGAUUAUAACCAAAGCUAAGCCAGGUCAACAAAGGCAUGGUCAAGAACUUAGACCAGUCAGGUGUUUCUAAGUAGUUUGAUUCAAGGUCUAAGUGCCAUACCUUUUGAAGAUUUCUGAACUGAUAGGGAAUUGUACCAGUAAGAUAGUUGUUGAGGAAGCUUACGUAUUGGAGCUUUGUUAACUGGCCUAUUUCCGAAGGUAUAGGUCCGCUGAGAUUGUUGUUGCUGAGGUCAAAGCGAGUGACAUCAAGAAAUGGAGUGAAGUUGAACUGGGCUAGUGUUCCAUUGAGUUUGGCGCCAGAGAUGAUUAUUUCGGAGACUGCUCUGGUUGAGUCACAGACAAUGCCAUUCCAUUUGCAAAGGUUGGUAAGGUUGGUAAAGGACCAUGAACUGAGAAAAGAAGAAGGGAGGAGGCUGUUUUUCCAUUGGAUAAGAGCUCCUGCUUGUGUUGCAGGUGAUGCUAUGGUCUUUAGUGAAAGUAAGGAGAGCAAGAAAAUGUGAAGGAGAAGAAGAGGAGACUUUAGAAUUUUUGCCAUGCUUGGUUUUUUUGUUUCACAUGCCAUGCCUCAUGAUCUAGUUUACUUUUAAUAGCAAAGAGAGGUGGAGAUAUUUCCAGUGGUAUGGAAGUGAAACUUUUGGCAUCUCAGUACACAUGUUAGAAGUCCUUAAAUUCCACGAAAGAAUGUUCAAAUCA